UAGAGGAAAGACAAACACAUUGUUCAAAGUCUGGAGCUUCUGAAGAGGACGGGAUAACUGAACACACCACUGGAUUCUGUAUUUCUACCAAACUGAAACAGAAAAGAUGAAGAGCAGCAAAGGGAGGAUUACUCAGAGGCAGAUGAUGAUAUGGAAGCAUUGAUCUGUUCAAUUCUCUAAAUCACCUAUACACAGUCUUUUUACUUGGAUUUUAACCAUGGGACCAUAUGAGACAGGAUGGCAGAAGAGAAGCCGAACCAAAAGUUGUGGGGAAUACCAGCACUCCAACAAGUCUUUCUCUCAGCGCAGACAGUCGGCACCUUCUGUUAUUCUCAGCAAAGCCCUUACAAAGUCAAAAUCUGUCGCAAGGGAUUGCACAUCUCAGGUUAGCCAGGACGUUUUUGCCCUGAUCCAGUCUCUGGUCAGCCCAACCAGGAAGCUCAUUUGCCAAGGAAAUGUGGUGCUCCAGACAGGCCUUCAAAACCAGGAGAGAUUCCUGAUCUUCUUCAAUGAUCUUCUCAUCAUCACCAAGGCCAAGUCAGUAAUGCAGGUGAAGCAGAAGAAGUGUGUGCAUGUUAGUGAGAUGUGGACAGCCAGCUGUGUGGAUGAGGUGUGUGAGGCCAGUACUGCUUCAGAGAGAAGCUUCGUCAUGGGCUGGCCAACUUACAACUGUGUGGCUACUUUUAGCACUUCAGAAGAGAAAGACAGGUGGCUGCCUCUUAUUGAAAGUUGCAUACAAGAAGAAAAAAAGAGUGAUGAUCCAAAGAUGAUUCCACUCAAGAUAUUUGCAAAGGAUGUUGGGAACUGUGCCUAUGCAAAGACUCUUUUUAUCAGCAACACAGACUGCACCUCUGAUGUCAUUAGCACAGCACUGCAACAGUUUGGUCUUUCGGGUGGAGUAAAAGAUUACAAGUUGUGGGUGUGUUCAAAACAAGAAGAAACUCCAUACCCUUUAAUUGGUCAUGAGUGUCCUUACAGCAUUAAGAUGAGCCACAUUCGCCUGCUGCAGCAAGAGGCAGUGACAUCAUCCUACAGCCAGAUGGCGCUUUUGCCAAUUGAUGCUUACUGUCAGUUCUUCCUGAGGCCCAGUCAAAUAAGCAGCACCUUCACAGAACAGAAAAGCAGGAGUAAGAGGAUGUCUCUUAUUAAAUGGGCUUUUAAACGAAGCUUCAGCAUUGAACAGGCUGUCCGAUCCGAAUCUCUUGGCCCAACUAUAACACCAGCUUCUGGACAUCUGUUUGGUCGACCACUCAGUGAUGUGAUAAAAGACAAUACCCUGCCAUCACCCAUUGUGGACAUGCUGAAGUGUUUGUGCAGUGAGGGGGCUGUGACGCGUGGGAUAUUCCGGCGAUCUGCUGGAGUGAAGGCCUGCCGAGAAUUGAGGGAAAAACUAGAUUCUGGUCACUAUGAAGAGCCACUCAGUGGAGAACCUGUACUUGUCACUGCUUCAGUGUUCAAGGAAUUCUUACGCAAUAUACCGGGCAGCCUAUUGUGUGAGGAGCUCUAUGAGCAAUGGCUCCAAGCAGUGGAGCAGGAUGGUGAAAGAAAUGGACAAAUGGCAGAGAGAAACCUGCUACAAGAAGUUCAGAGGCUUGUUAAGCUUUUACCUAAAGAAAAUCUCCUGCUGCUGAGACACAUGAUAGCAAUGCUGCAUCACAUACAGCUCAAUGCUGAGCACAACCAGAUGACCUCUUUUAACCUGGCUGUGUGUAUAGCACCUAGCUGUCUGUGGAAUCGCAAACUACAAUCUCAUGAAAAAGAUGCCAAAAAGGUGUGUGACCUUGUGCAUGUCUUGAUUGACAACUGCUGUGCGUUGUUUGGGGAUGAAAUUAUAACCCUCUUAAAGGAUUUGACUGAAGACAAUAGAAGCAAACGCGAAUCAGUUGGGUCCCUGCAGCAGAUGUCAGAUUCAGGUUAUGAGAGUCUAAAGAAUGAGGUGAAUACUGACACAGAGGACAUUUCUAAGACCCGUCCUCUUAAAGACAGCCGUAGUAUGGACUCACUCAUGUCACUGAGUGAUUGUGACCUCGAUUGUCCAGAAAACGACUUACUGUCUUCCAUCCCACAGGCACAGAUCAGAAACUGUACAUCUGCAGUGCGUCAACUCCGAUCCCUUAAACUACACAGACACUCCAUGUCCACCAUUGCUUUGACUUCUCAUGAGCAGGAAAUAACCAUAGAAAGUGGAAUACAUGAAGAGUUUAAGAGACCUGAUGAGGUCAAUGAUAAUGUGUUCAUGGAUCAAAACUUUCAACAACUGAAUUUCAUGGGAGAAAAACAAACUCCACCAUUCUCCAGUGUAUCAUCGCCAGUGACUUCACCAACAUACUCACCUGUGAGUUCAAUAGACAGUCCAUCUUCUCUGUCCACCCGAAAGACCCUUCAUUCUCCUCAAGAUUCUCCAGCCAAGGUUGAUUUACCCACUCAAAAUGGCUCAGAUUACCAACAUUCAGACAGCUUGCCCAAUGAGAAAUUAUCUCCACCAAAUUAUAAGAGGAACUUCACUGAUAUUAAUGCCCAAAUGCCCCAAAAUCCUCCUUCUUAUCAGCAGGCCUUACAAAAGCUCAACCGAAAACCAUUCUCACAGACUCCCACUCAAAAGUCUUUACAUAAAGUAAAAGGCCUUUUCUACAAAGGGCCCAGGAGCCCCAUGCACAGCCCUUUAGGAGACCCCAAGGAUUCCCCUGACUCUCAGACCAUCAGAUUUAACUGUCAAACCAUGACUGAAGAAGAGGUCAAGCUACCACAGAGUGUGUUUUAUGGACAGAGUUGCAAGUUGACGGUUCCAAAAAUCAGGGGACAGAAUGCAGGGUUGAAGUCUACCAAACUUUCGGGGAAGCAGCUUAGGUUUAAAGCACUUGAUUUGCACCCCUCCUCUGGAAAAAUAGUCAGGGACUACUUUAUGGAUGGUUCUCCUCUCAGAGAGAAGCAAGGUGUUGGGAGAGGCCAAAAGCUCAGCUGUUGCAGUAGCAACCAGUGGAUUGUGUGAAGAAGUAAUUUCAAAAACAGAACAAACACUGGGAUCCCAUUAAUUAUAAUUAUCUGCAGUUUCUUAUAAUUAACAAUUACACGCUCCAGAUUUAUUACCAAACACCCUAGUUGGUAAUCAAAUACCAUGUUCUUUGUUUUUUAAUUCAACUUCAGAUUAUGAGUGCAACUCCAUUUAAACAGUGUAGAAACCUCCCUUCAAUAGUCUGAUUUGUUAUUAUCUGUUAUUAAACCAAUCAAUGUAGUAUCAUCUGCAAACUUAAAAAUCUGCACUGGUUUACAAUGUGAAACACAAUCAUUAGUUUAGACCGAGUACAACAAUGGUGACAGUACACAUCCUUGUGGGGCCCCCACGCUAAUUGUCUUAAGACUUGAGAAUGUAUUAUCAAUUUUAA